AUGCCUCCAAAAAAGAAGGAAAAAACCGUUACAUCUUCUUCCUCAAAAAAGAAGCAAACAACAACCACAAAUACUUCAGAUAAUUCUAGUACGAAUCGGAAACAUAAGCAACAAAAAAGACCAGCUGAAGAAGAAGAAGAGCAUUUACAUCCUCCUGAGGAUGAUGAUAACAUUAUUGAUGAUGAUGACGGAGGCGAUGAAGAAAUUGUUAUCGGAGAGCAAUCGCUCUUGUCUGUAGGCAGUAGUGGCGCAGCAGGCAACACAACAAAGAAAAACAAGGAAUCAACGAAAAAUAGCAAUAACGGCAGUGAAAAGUUGGAUCCAUCCCGAAAGAAAACCAAGCCCAAUGACUCAUAUGCUGCCACUACCUCUAAUUCAACUUCUUCAAAAAUCAACAAAGAAUUACAGAGCUCAGAAAUGGACACUACAUCGAACGGUGAUCAACAAGGAUCCACAACAAUAUCAGUUUCUUCAACCUUGAAUGCAUACAAAAUUGUAGAUGCUCAUACUGGAAAGAAAAAGACAAUUGGACCAAAAAACAAAAUUACCUCUCUCAAUCAAUUGAGGCAUGCAAUUUGUGAAGUAUUCAAACUAAAAUCAGUGAAUGAUAUUGAGUCCAUUCGAAACCUGGACGAUAAAGACAUUACGGAUGCUGAUUUACAAAUGGCAUCUUCAUCUUUGGACGCAAAGUCCAACAAGAACGGUCUGAAUGAUAGCACCAUUGUUGUCAUUGACGACACCAAUCAAAACAGCUAUUCCACUAAAAAUUUACCACCAACCUCAACGCAUGGAUAUUUCAUACUGACCUUGAAAUCCAAUGCUGUUUCCGAAAGCUCUUCUAAGGUGAAAGCUAAUUUACAAUUAACUGUAGAUAUUGUACCUCAUGUAAAUAUUCUAAUUCAUGGUGGAGAUGAAUACGAUUUUAUAACAGCUUUGGCAGAAGUCAUUGAUAACUCCAUUCAAAAUACUGUACUAAAUAAGAACGACAGAAUCAUAGACAUACGCUUUGAAAAGCCGUCACAAAACAACGAAUUUAAAAGCAAAUUACAUAUUUGGGACAAUGGCAGAGGAAUGAAUUUCAAAACAUUGGUUAAUUGGGCAACACUGGGAAUUACAGAUGCUCCUGUUGAUGACGCUGCUAACAUGGCUGCAAAGAGCAAAUCUGACCUAUCAAGACGACGAAUUUUUGACAAAUUCAUAACUUCUGAUUUUUCUCGAUAUGGUGUUGGUUCGAAAAAGGCAAUUUUUAACCUUGGUGACCAAGUGACUCUCGUUUCCAAACCAAAAGAUUCUCGUUUCGUCUAUGAAGUCACAUUGUCACGGCAAAAAUUGGAAGAAGACUUUGGUUCUGGAAAAGAUAAGCAAUGGAAAGCGGAUUGCAUCUCUAGGCCACCCUCUGACACGGAAAAACAAUGGGACAGUUUUACUCACUUCACCAUUUCUGACAUUAAGAAGGUCUAUGUGGAUCGGUACGAUGCAAGCAUUAUUAAGAAAAGACUUGGACACAUUUAUCACUAUUACAUUUAUGGUACCGAUGGAAAUAAGGAGAGCCGAGAUAUUAUCGAGGAUGAUGAUGAGUAUUCUGAUACCCAAGACGAACUUGAAGAGGAAACUGUCCCGGCCAGCGACGACGAAGACGAAGAACCUAAGAAAACAUCUAAAUCCUCCUCUCAAGGCAGCAGCACGUCAUCCUCUCAAAAGAGGUCAUCCAAGAAAGCUCUGAGCGACGAAGAAGAUUUUGUCCAUUUCCGAAAACCAAAGAAUGUAAUUAUUAAGGUUGAUGGAAUACCUAUCACCUCAGAAGAUCAGGAUUUAGAAUCUCUCUAUCUACAGGAAGGAAAGUCACCGUUCUCGUUUGAAAUUAAAUUGAGCGUGAAAAAUAGUGACAGCUCAAGCACAGGAAUGGAGUUGAGCAUGCCAACUCAAAGUUCAGGUGUUUCCAUUGUCAACAGCACAGUGAGAGGAAUUAUUUACUAUUAUCCCUUCAAGCAAGGUCGAGAAACUUUGCCAAUUCCAGAAGACCUGUAUUUGGAAGGAGGCAAGUAUAUGCCAACAGAUCAAGAAGUACCUCUUUCUGAAAGAAAUCCAGGAUUUGAAUGCUUUUGGAAUGGACGAUUGUUGGCCAACGAGAAAAUCAAGAAUUUACCAUGGAUGGAGAAGGAGAGAAGUAAUCGUGACAUUCCUGACAAUUGUUAUCGUAGAGUGAAAGGAAUGCUAUUUUUUGAUUGCGGUUUUGAGGUUUCUGCAAACAAAAUGUAUCUAUGCAAGCAAACACCACUGUGUCAAGCACUGUUGAAUUAUACUGACAGGACUCUGGUACAACGUUAUCGCAAGUGGAUGAAAGAGUGCCAUAAAAAACUCGACGAAGAAAUCAUUUUUGAUGAAUGUGAUCUUGAAAGAACUCAGAAAGAAGGAAAGGGCCUUAAAACAUUUUACAAAAGAAUCAAAUACGGACAAACUUCAUACACCGUCGGAGAUUAUGUAGUCAUGAAAACUAGACCAAAAAUUAUUGGUACACUUGUAGACAUGUUCAGAGAUUUGACCUCUGAAGAGUAUACUGUGACUGCAAUUGUUAAAGAGUGGUCUCCCGAGAGUCUAAAUGAUGAUACUCACAAAAUUACUGGUCAAUGUUUUCCAAUAUCCAAAAUUCAGAGCGUGCUCACAAAACAAGAAUUCAAGUCAGAAAUUAGUAAGCUGAAAAACAAAUUACCAAGUUAUAUUGAGGUUGUUGACACGCCCAGUGUGAGCGCGCGGGAGAGGCGCCCUCCUCCUGAUCCAGUCACAGCUGGCUAUGUGCUGAAAUACAUCUCAGCAAGCAUAAUGACUGGUGAUCACAAAGUUGUUACCACUCAAUUAUUUCCAAUUACACUCACAAUUCGAUAUGAGGGCGACAAUGAGCAAGAACAAAAGUUUGAGGCUUCUGUUACUUCCACAAAGCCCUUCAAAAAAGGUGUUCAUUGUUUUAAGCCAAACAAGCUCAAGUCAGAGUUCAACGUGGCCGGCACCUAUCUACUUGAAUUAUCUUCGACAGAAGAUAGUGGAAUCAAGUCCAAGGUUGUGAAACUAGAUGUGGUACCAGCUGGGCCAACAGCUCUCAAUAUUUGUAGUGAAAUACCAACAGUGUCAAAGCUUUUUUCUGUUCUAAAAGUGGACAAGAAGUUGGCUGAAGAUGCAAUUGUGUUUUUCUUGAACAAAGAGAUUCCACCUAUUGUGAUUGAACAAUUGGAUCCUUACGGUAACUUUGUUCCCUUCGCUAUCUCCGGAAAUCUUUUGAACGAACAGCUUAAGAUUACUGCGAGCGACGAUUCUAUUGUACUCUCGUCUUAUGAAGCAUCGUUUACCAAUGAUAGGCGACUACAAAUUAGUGAUUUGCGUAUCACAAGCGCACAUUUAGGAAACGCAAAAUUUUUGAACACCAAAUUACUUAUUUCCUUUGGAAUUUUGAGUGUUUUGGAGCUGAAUAUAUUUAUUUUAGCUGGACAAGUUUUCUCAAUUCAAUUAUCAGAAGACUCAAAUUCGACCUUAAAGAAUAAUUCUGUGAAGAAAAUGUUACCUGAUAUUGAAGCGAAAUUACUCGACGAAAUGGGCAACUGUGUGUUCAUAAAACCAGUGUAUGACGAAGAGGAAGACAACAACGAUGAGGCAGAGAAUUUUUCCCCAAUUCUAAAGGGAGAUGCUCUUAAAGAAGAAAUUCGAGGAAUUCUAAACGCAGAGACAGGACACUUCGUAUUUAAGGGUGCAACACUGCAUUCCGAUUCUAAUAGCUCUCAAAGAAAAGAAACAGAAAUCAUAUUGCGCUGCAACAAAAUCUCCAUCACAAUUCCUCUCACCAUUGAGGCUAUUUCAACAAUCAAACCAUCCACUUUCAGUUUAAGUCCUCCAGAUACCGACAAACACAUGGUUAAGGAUCGUCAGCCACUGAAAGUAAACGUUCAAGCCAUUGUUGGAACAGAAUUGGUUGGAUGGAAACUUGAACUUGGUAAUGAAAUGUACGAAAGAAUGGCGUUUGAUGGAUAUGCUCGCACUUCAUGGAGUAGUGCCAACCUACUGCCUGUUGAAAAUGGAAUUUGUUUCCUUCCAACACUGGUGGUACCUCAAUCUGCUAAAACAUCCAAAUAUACCAUAGACAUCCUUUCAAAAUCUUCUCGAAAUGAAGAUUUAAUGCAGGAUGACGAUGGUGACCAUGACAUUAAUCCUGAAUUCAUCAUUGCAAACUUUACCAUUCAUUUACGAAGUGUCAAUGGUCCUCCCUGUAUUUUCAAAAUUGAUAGAAAGAAAAGUGUUCUAGGAGCGAUCAAGUGUGAACAACCCUUCUCAAUCAAAUGUUCGAUUAUGGACGCCUAUGGAAACACUCUCGAUCCACAAGAAGAUAAGGAAAUAUACCCAGAGCUCGAACAUAUCGAUGCUGCUAUUGAGAUUGUUUCCCAAUUGAAUGGUGAAUCUGAAAAAAUUGAAAUUGCAUCACCUGAAAAGAUGAAGAAAGUUACAACGAAAAAUGGUUAUUUGAAAUUUUCCAAUAUUUCUCUAAUUGGCCCCACUGGUGAGUUUCACAUUAAGGUCAUCGAUAGAAGCGGGAAGAUAAAGGAGGACAAGAUUGAACAUGUAAUGUUAGAGCCUGGUCCUCCUCAUUCGAUACGAAUUAAUGAGACCAUCGGAGAAGUUAUUUUUGAUGUUGAGAAUCUUGGGUUAACACCACCGUUUUUUGUUACUUGUCAUGACAAGUUUGGGAACAAAUAUUUGACACAUGGAAGCUACGAAAUUGACACUCCAGAAACUGGUAUUGACAUUCGUCAGUAUGAAGGAGAGAUGAAUCAGUCGAUAGACCUUCAAAUCGAUGAGGGACGAGCAUAUAUGCCUCAAUUCUGGAUUAAUGGAGUUGAAGGACUUCAUCCUUUCUCGAUAGAAUAUGAAAAUCCUAAAGUCGAGCGAGCCUGUUUCAAAAUUAAUGUUAAGAAAGGCUCCCAUCCAACUUCCUUAAAGAUUCUUAACAAGGUAAAUCAAUUGAAAGCUGGAGACUUUAUGGAAGCCUUCGAAGUCGCAGUAAUAGGAGAAAAUGGAAAACCUGUUAAGGCACCGUCACAAUUGCACUUGAAUGUUGUCGAUCCUCAGGGAAGUGAUAAGAGACAUUUUGUUUCCAAUAUCUCAACAAAUGACUUGUCGUAUACAUUUGCCAAUAGCGAAAGAGUGUUCACCAAAGCAGGAGUUUAUCGCUACAAAAUCACUUUGGAUGUUUCGAACUUGUCCAACGUGGCACCUCUUGGAUUACCCAAAUCCAUAACCGAGUCGUUUGAUUUGAUUGUGGCGCCGGAUGAACCAGCUGCAUUGGAAAUUGAGAACGAUACAUUUCAACUUCCAGUUGUCACAAAUUGUGCAGAAGAUAUCGAUAGAAGAUCAUUUUGGGAAGAAUUAUCUCUUAAGGUUGUUGAUAAGCAUUCUAACACGGUAAUUGCUGAUGACAAGAUCAAAAAAGUUAUCAUUUCAGUUGAGAGAAGCGAAGAAAGUAUGGAUAGCGAGCUUCCUGAAUUGGAAGGCUCACUUGAGGCAAAAUUUGAGAAUGGAAGAGCCAAAUUUUCUAGAUUGAGCAUCAAAGAGGGAUCUGGAGAAACUGGAUUCUUUAAACUCGUAUUCACAGCAAAACAUCUUCCUCCCAAGGAGCUUGAUUUUGCUUUCACUGACAACUCCAAAGUGCAAGAAGAAGAGAAGGAACUACAACAAAAACGACUAACUCUACUUUCUGAAUUGGAUUAUUUGAAGCAAGAAAUUAAGAAGGCUCAAGAGAAUCAUCAAGAAAACGAGUACAAGCUCAGUAAUUUUAGAAGCACUCAACAUGAACUUUUGAAAACGAUCAAGGAAUUCGAAUUGAGUUUUGAGAAUGAUGUUCCCAAUUUAGAGAAUACAGAAAAAAUGUUGACUUUGCUCAAAAAGAAGAUGGAAAUCAAAGCUCAAAACAACAGAAAAACACGAGAAUGUAAUGUAGGCCUCUCAGAAAAUAAGGCUCUACAAAAAAUCAAACAGCUUCAAAAAGAAUCAGAUAGCGGCAUUGUGGGAAUAUUGGGAGAAUUGGGAUAUAUCGAUAAUGAAAAACAGAACGAUACAAUUUCGAGAACCAUUGCCGAUAAGAUGCAGUGUAUUGUUGUGCAAAACCAAGAAAGCAUGGACAAGGUCAGAAACGCUCUCGAUGCCUUUCCCAACAAAUUACCAAUUCUUCCUCUCGAUAACAUUUUCAAGUGUCCAAAAGGACUUGACAAUAAUGGCAAGCUACGAUUGGAUCCUAUCGGUGACAAUAUCGAUGGAUUUAUUGGAUACGCUGUAAAUUUAAUUGAACUCGAUCCCAGAAAAGAAAUGCUUAGACACGCGUUUUGGAAUAUUCUAGGCCAAACUCUUGUUUUUGAAAGCUUUGAAAAAGGCCUACAAUUCAGAAAGAAACGACUGGAAUCAAACACCAAUACUCCAAUUAUUAUUUGUUUAGAUGGAGAACGUAUUGAAUCAACAGGAAUUGUUUAUGGAGGUGCAAAAUCGAACGCUCCUCCUGUAUUUAGAUUUGGUCAAACACCAAUUUCUGAGAAUCCUGAGAUGAAGCUUCUCUUAGAAAAGAAGAAGAAAGUGGAAGAGUUCAAAAAGAUACUGAAAGAAACCAUUGCUUUCGAAAAGGGAGAGUACAAACAAUCGGAACAAACACGAGAUGAGAUUAUUUCAAAACAUACACCUGAAAUUGAGCAUAUUGAGGAGGAACUUGCAACCAUUGAAGAGGAAUUGAGAAAUAUACGACAAGGACUUGUAUUGUCAAAAAAGAAAAAGACACCAAGUGAUAAGAAAACUUCAAAGCAAAAGAAGGAAGGUACCUCAAAAUCAACAGAAAAGACGACUCAAAAGAAGAAACCAACAUCGGCACCUGUCAGUGAACCUUCGUCACCUAUUCUCUUCUCACAGUCACAACGUUCCACAAUCAUGCGAGAUGAUGACCCAAUGCUGGACGAAAUUGAGGAAUUUUCAGAGAGUGACCGAGAUGAAAUUGAAGAAUUCUCAUCGGAUCAAGAAAACUCACCUAAACAACCGAAAAAGAGUGCAAAGGCCAAGAAAGUGACUCCAAGCUCUCAGAAGAAGAAGAAAAAGUAA